AUUUAUAUUAACUGGUCGAAAUGGUUAUGAUUUUAUUAGAAUGAAUCUGUUAUGUGCGUUACCAUCAAUAGUUACAGUAGAAAAUUUAAUAAGACAACAUCAUAUACAAUUAAAUGAAUGUUAUUUUCGGUUUGAUCAAUUAAGACAACAUAUGAAUACAUUAAAAACAAAUUUUAUGUGGGGCUCAGAAGAUUGUACGGGAGUUGUCUUUCAUAUUAAUUAUAAUUCAAUAAGAAAUACAUUCAUCGGUUUUGUUACACCCUUAACUGAUGAAGAAAAAGCACCAUUGAUUAAUAUUCAUAUGGCAAAACCUCUAACACCAAUACUAUCAAAAUCAACAUCAUUUAUAUUGUCAAGCUAUAGUACAAAUAAUAAAGUUAAAUCAAAUGAUAUUUUAAGGCGUUGGUUAUAUAUUUAUCAUGAAUGUGUAAAAAGAAAUAUUAGAAUAAUUGGUUUUAGCACUGAUUACGAUGCGAAGUAUCUGAAAUCAAUGCGUGUUAUUAGCGGAUUUUUUGGACAUUUGCCAAAUUUUGAUUUAUUAACAACACCAGAUUAG